AUGAUGACUGCGAAAGUGGGCCCCGACGCAAAGCCCUUCGUGGUGCAGCCCUUGAUGGAGGACAGUCCCGUGAACACGGAGUUUUUGACGACAAUGUCCGGCCAGCUUCAGAACGUUCAGCACGUCAUUGACGAUGUCACGACCCAGAUCGCAAGGCUUCAGCAGCAAAUCAACAACAAGCUGGGCCAUGUGGGCACAGUGGUGACCAUGCCCACCUUGGAUGACGGUGGCUCAAGGCGCAUCGACCUCCCAAUGGACUUGGACAACAUCACCAUGCAGCACGCACAGGGGGCAGGCACCCGAGUGCUGGAGCCCAUCGCGGAGCCUACUCCCGAGCCGGAAGAUGAGAAGGGUCCAGACGCCUCUUUAGAGCUCGAAGAGGCUGUAGAGGCCAAGGAGAAGAAGCGGACAGAAGCGGAUCAGGAAGCUAUCGAUGAGUUGGUACAUCAGUUCGAACGUUGCGAUGUUUCCACCAACGGCUUCGUGUCCGCUCAUGAGCUCGUCGCGCUGGCCUUUGCGCACGGCGAGCAGUUGCAGUUGGCCAGUGUCCUCAAGCUCUGCACGUACCUCUCUUCCAAUGUCCGGGCUUCCCUCCGGCCCACGAUGUUGGACUCCGUGAGCGAAGAGAACCUGAAGACAGAGCUGGAUGUCAACGGCUUCGUUGCUCUGCGCUUUGACAAAGAGCUCUUCGAAGCGGCUCCUACCGACAUCGUCGACGCCGCGGCUGCGCUGAACAGGGCCCUCGAUGAGGAGAACCGGAUCUACAAGUUCGAUCAUGACGCAGAUGUCAUGCGACAGCGGCAGCGCAUCUACAUGGCACGAGUAAUAAUGGAUGUCGGCAUUGUUAUCGUUAUCUCGCUGAAUGCGCUGGCCAUCGGAAUCAGUGCCGAUGCCCCGAGCUCCGACCGAGCGUUGUGGCAGGUGAUGGAACUGGUUUUCGUUGGCAUCUACUUGCUGGAGUGUAUCGUGAAGCUGGCGUUUCUAGACGGAUGGCAGUACUUCGUCGGAGCGGAUCGGAGCUGGAAUAUCUUCGACUUCACAUGCUUAAUCAUCUCAAUGAUCGAGCUAACGAUCUCCUACAUCACGCAAGCCGCAGGAGGACAAGAGGGCGAGCGAGGGGUGCUCAACCUUCUCAAGGUGCUGCGGCUGGCUCGUUUGGCCCGUCUCGUCCGCGUGAUGCGGUAUAAGAUAUUCAGGGAGUUGAAGCUGAUGGCGCUUGGACUAUUCAGCGGCUUGCAAGCACUCUUCUGGGCGAUUGUGCUGCUGAUGGCCGUGGUGUUCACGAUGGGCAUUAUCGUGCGAGAACUUUUCGGGCUACAUUCGGACAUGUUGCCGGAGUUCCAGAGCGUGGACCGCGCAAUGUUCACCCUCUUCCGAUGCUUUACGGGGACCUGCGAGACUUACAGUGGUGAUCCGAUCCCAGAGAUUCUGUUCGAUCAGCUUGGCUAUGGGUUCCCACUAUUCAUCGGCUACUUCCUGCUCAUGAUGCUGGUCAGUGUCGGGCUCUUUAACUUGAUCAUGGCCGUCUUCAUUGACAACGUCACCAAGUCGCAGAACCAGCGCAAGCAAAAGGAGCUGGGCGAGAGCGCCGAGAUGACCGAGAUUGCCUUGAAGAUGGUCCUUGCCAAGUUCAUCAAUGAGCCGCGGGCAGGAGACGAGUCCAAGGAGUUCAUGAAGCGCGUCUCUGAGGACGCCAUCCACGUGGAGUCCGAGGAUGAGGCGAAGAACUCUUCCGCGAACUCCCGUGGUUGGAUGAAGAAGGCACAGAGGUUCUGCCAGGGGUUGGACCUCCUCGCCUUCCAGGGCAAGUCGGACCUCGGAUUGGACGCGCAGAUGGCUCUCAAGGCGGAUGCGUUGAAGGGUGUUAAGAAGCACUCGGCCGCAGAGAAGAUCGUGCUGAAGGCCAUGAAGAGCACCGGCCGCAAGUAUUCCAAGCACUUCCAGCAGCGCGAGGUUCGUGCUCUCCCGGCAGACCCUGCCGACGCCGCCAGAGAGAUGCUGACCAAGGACGAGAUUGUGGCUUACAAGGCGACGAGAAGGCAGCAGCGCAUGCGAAAGGCCACCAAUGCUUACUGUGCAUUCAAUGUGCUGGAGGCCUUCGUGUCCGUGGUCGGUAUGGGGGAUGACAUCAACGCGAUCAUCAGGACUUGUCCUGCUCCUCGUGAUGGUGAGUCGGAGCUUGCCUGUCAGGUGAACGGCGCCAUUCUGGUGACCUGGGUGGCAAAUGCGGCUGCCAAGCUUUCCUAUGCCGCCACGAACUGUGCCCUCAACCUCAAUGUGGAUGCGGUGUGCUCCGUCGGCGUCACUGGCCUCGUCUCCGUGAUGGGGGAGCUGGCAGCGACUGCUUCCCUCGCCGCGGCCACAUGCACAGGGGUACCCCCUCAGCUGACAACCACCAAGAUCAGCGUUCUCGGAGACCAGACGGUACGGGAUGGCCGACGACUGCUCAUUGGAGAGGGUCCGAUUGGAGUUGGAGUGCAAUGUGGAGUGAACGUCGGCAUGGUGGUCGCCAACCUCGCCAACAUGGGCCUCUCCAUUAACUCGGCUGUGAACAGCGGCCAAUGCGGCCGCGUCAACCUCAAUGGGCCGCUCAACAAGGUCACAGGCAUCUACACUGCACUGUGCACGGUGGACAUCGGCGGUGCCAUCGCCUACAUGAGCCAGGUCGUUACCUUCAUCAACCUGAUCGUCGUACAUUGCCAGGACUUCCUGGACGUCAGCGCGCUCUGUGGUGCCAGCAUCUCCGGCAUCAUCACGUCCGCCGCUGCCAUGGCCCCGUACGGCGCCGCCGUGCAUGCUGCCUGCGCCAAGGGCAGCAUCUUGAAGAACCCCGAGGCGCAAAAGAAGAUCAGCGAGCUUUACACCGUGCCCACCCCAAGGCGCCUGGAGGAGCUCAAGGAGCUGAAGGACGCCAUGGCCAACCUAAAGGGCCUCCGCCAGCAGUUGGAGGCCAAGCUGGGCUUCAAUGCCUCAGUUCCGACCAUGUACUCCGAGGCAAACCUGGAGCAAAUGAUCCAACUUAUGGAUGACGGGGUGGCCGGCGAGGAGACGUCCACGCAGGAGGAAUGCGAAGAGUGA